AUGUCGAACGGCAAGAAACAACCGUUCCGUACGAUGACUUCGACGAUAGAACUGUGUAAGCUGGUGGGAUUGUGGCAGGACUUGGAUCCCCGGACGCCAGGUUGGCGAGCCGUAUUCUACAUCACCACUAUGGUUAUCUGGUACAUUCUUCCCGGUUUGAUGUUCACCAUUCGGCAGGAGAAUAAUUUGCUUAUACUACGAAGUAUCUUGGAAUGUAGCGCCAUGACGGUCUACACUAUUCGGUUUUGUGUUCACGUGUUCUAUCGAGCAGAUCUACAGCUGUGCUACGCCGAAGUACAAGAAGUACUUACCAGUUUCGUCGGAAGUACCGGCUUCGCUGUACAAUCCACUUUGAAACAUUUGCAAAGUUCGGCGGAAAGACUACUGAAAUUCUAUAUCAUAGCGGUAAUGUGUCAAUCUGUGUUGUACGGACUCGUUCCCGCUCUGGUCACAAUCUAUCGAUACAUGGUCGAAGGGGACACCGUGAAGUUGCCACCAACAGUACUGGAACAAGAUUUUGUAUUGUUUGAUCAUCGCUCAAACUUCUGGAUUUGGCUUGUGGUGAUGAUACUCUCCAUCGUCGUCCAGUACAUGUUGCUGUUUACUUUGACCUUGAACGAAGCCUUUCUCUGGAAUAUGUUGCACCACGUGUCGUGUCUGUUCAAACUGGUCAGAAUGGAAAUAGCUGAAUUGGACAACUGUUUGGACGAGGAAGCUUUUAAGGAAAAAUUAAUUCGUAUCGUUCACAAACACGAGAUUUGUUUCAAGGCUUCACGUCUUCUCGAACGGGUUCUUAGUCCAGUUUUGGGAUUGCUGUACAUUUUCUGUAUAAUGCAGAUGUGUUUUUUAAUGUUGAUAAUGUACACGGUUGACGACCACCUCCAAAUUGGAAUGAUGAUCUUUGUGUUGAACUACAUCCUAUUUUUGAUCUUCUCAUUUUCAAUGCUCGGAACGGAGCUGAUUGAAUCCAGUGCCUCCGUUUCCGAUGCCAUCUACAGCAGCUUGUGGUAUAAACGACCGGCAAAACAACGCUACUUGCUGCUGUUCGUACAGAUGAGAUCCCAAAAGAUAGUUGCUAUCACUGCAGGCAAAUUCUUCAACAUUACCAGAGCGACAUUUGCGGGGGCCCUUCAGUCUGCAUUCUCGUAUUUUACCAUUAUGCAAAGUUUCUACGACUAA